CGGUGCAAAUACGUAAACAAACAGGACAAAACAGUGCUAAACAAUAAAAAAGUAUGCGAAGAUUAUUUAAUCACGCCAGUAAUAGAAUCUAGUUUAUCACCACUACACAAUGUAUGAUAUUUCCAAGGUUUAAAAUGGACGUCGAUGAUCCGAGACGACCGCUUUUGGGUUGCCCCCCAAAAAGCAAAUGGCGCGUCGUAGGAAGAAAACUUUGCAACCUGGAGUCGUGGAGGAGACGGGUUCCCAUAACCAUCUGGUUGCCGAGCUACAGUGCGGAUUCACUCCUGCGGGACAUUAUAGCAGGUGUGACAGUGGGCCUCACAUCCAUCCCGCAGGGGAUAGCUUAUGCUAUGGUAGCUGGUUUGCCGCCGCAAGUGGGACUGUACUCGAGCAUUUUCCCGGGUGUGGUGUACGCCAUCUUUGGCAGCUGUAAAGACGUCACAGUUGGCCCAACUGCCAUAUUGGCGGCACUGUUGGCCAAAUAUGUCGCCAAGUCUGCGGACUUCGCCUACCUUGCGGCGUUUCUAUCCGGCUGUCUUAUUUUACUACUUGGCGUGUUGCAAUUGGGUUUUCUCUUGGACUUCAUAUCAAAGCCAGUUAUAAGCGGUUUCACGACGGCCGCUGCGUUGCAGAUAUCAGCUUCGCAACUCAAAUCUCUGUUUAGGAUUUCAGGCACCUCCGGAGGCACAUUCAUAGAGGCGCUGUCGAACUUCUUCAGCAACAUAAAGACAGUGCACGCGUGGGACACUGCGCUGGGCGUGGGCACUAUCGUUUCGCUACUUAUCUUGAAACGUUCAGCGCUCAAGACGUCUCCAAUGGACAGCAGAUGUCGAACCAUCUUUGCGGCUGGGUGGUUGUACGUGGUUCGCGCGAGGAACGCCUUGGUGGUUCUCGUGGCGUCCAUUUUGGCAUUCGCCCUGUUCAAGAAGAGCAUCAUACCUUUUGCUCUGACAGGUAAAAUCGAGGGGGGCGUACCUCACUUCGGCCCGCCUCCGUUCACAACAACGGUCAAGAACGAGACGUUAAACUUCGAGCGCAUGCUCCAAGUGUUCGGGCCGGAAGGCUUCGUCAUGCCACUCGUCGCCAUAUUGGAGAGUAUUGCUAUCGCUAAGGCUUUUGCGGGAACUAAAACUGUGGACGUGACCCAAGAGAUGGUUGCAGUGGGAGCUUGCAACAUUCUGUCGUCAUUUGCACAGUGCAUGCCAGUCACUGGCUCCUUCACUAGGACGGCCCUCAACCACGCCAGUGGAGUUGUGACCACCGCUGGCUCGUUAUUUAAAGCCAGUCUGGUGCUGCUGUCGCUGACGCUGCUGACAGAGGCGUUCUACUUCAUCCCGCGCGCGACCCUGGCCGGCAUCAUCAUGGUGGCCAUGAUGUCCAUAGUUGACUUCUCCGUGGUCAGGAAGCUGUGGAUUAGCAGCAAGUCGGAGCUGGCGAUAUGGGUGCUCACCCUGCUAGUGGGAAUUACCGCCGGGCUGGAGUACGGCAUCGCGGCGGGCGCUGUGGCCGACGCCUUGCGGGCCCUGACCGCUGCCGCCAGGCCGGACCUGCAUAAACAGCACUUCAAGAUCGGCAACCAAGAGUGUAUCUCGCUAGCUCUGGUGGGCACGCUGGGCUACGCGAGCGCGGAGCACGUACCCCGCAAGAUCCGUGCGCUCGACCACUGCAGCGCGCAAGUGUUUAUUCUCGACGCCAGGCACUUGAAGAGACUUGACAUUGGAGUUGUCGAAAACAUCAUAUCGGCGAUACUAGACCUGGAGAAGAAUCAGCAUCGCUUCCUGUUGUGGAACUUCGAUGCCAGCCAUCAGAACCUCUUCGAGACCUUACACCCCGGCAUGGCGUCGAGAUUCGUCACUGGCCCUAGCAUCGAUCAGUUUGUAUUAAGUUUAGACGUUGACAGAAGAUUUUCAUCCCUAACGGUGACGUAGCUUCAUUCUAGGCUAAUAUUAUAAUUUUGAAUUGUUACUUAUUACUUAACUACUAUUAUUAAACAACGUGUAAAUGAAAACCGAAAUAAUACUUUACAGGCUUUACAGGUAGAU